AUAGGGCUGAUGGCUUCAUCAAUCAAUGGCUGAGAGUUGACUUCUUUGGUGCCUAUGAACUAAGCAGCCAUGCAUAGUUUUCUCUCACGUGCAAAUGUUGUAUUUGCGUAUACCUUAACUGUUUUAGCAAUCGUCACCUUUGGGUGCUUUUUAUCAACGUUCUUCUUCAGACACAGAGAGCUUCAGAUAGAUAUGAAUGUCAAUAAACAGAUAGUAAAAAGUGUUCGAGAUUUCACAGUUGCUAAAGAUUACACAGACCUUGGAUUUCUCACUUUUGAUAUAGAUGCAGAUUUGAGACCGUUAUUCAACUGGAAUGUCAAACAGCUCUUUCUAUAUGCAACAGCUGAGUACAAAACCAAAAAUAACGAGGUGAACCAAGUGGUUUUAUGGGACAAGAUAAUCCAACGAGGCGACAAAGCAGUGAUAGAUCUUCGUAAUAUGAACACUAAGUAUUACUUCUUUGAUGAUGGUGUGGGUGGUUUGAGAGGCAACAAAAAUAUUACGCUGACCUUUUCAUGGAACACAGUUCCAAAUGCAGGAAUGCUGCCACGUCACACGUCAAAUCGUGUGCACCAGUUUGCAUUCCCGGACAGUUAUACGUACAAAAGAACUCACUAGGUUGAAAUUAUGUUAUUUCGUUCUUUAAUGAAAAUACGUUCUAUGGAA